GUAUGGGGUAGCUGCCCAGAACCUGGGGAAGAGGAAUCUGUGCAGGAGAUGACUGUGGAGCUCCGGCUGCGGCGGUGGCGGCAGCGGCGGCAGCAGCAGCAAGAGCAGCGGUUUCGGUGCUCUCAGCCGCGACAGCUCCGGCCCCAUCUGGGGCUAGAACGGCACAGCAAACAAUAACUAGCCGGGUAGGGAGCCGGACCAGGCCGGGGAGGACCUGCGGAGGGAGUGGAGCCUAUUUCUGAUUUCACCUUUGCUGUGCUAAUACUGACAUACUGGAAGCUUAUGCAGCCCUCCGUAACCCUGAUCCUGUAAGCAGUGUGGACUAAUUUGUGUCCUGGUGCACAUAGGCAGAGACACUACGAGUGGCUGGAAGAGGAACAUGCCUUUGGGAGAACAAGGCAAGAGAAACAUGGCGGCCCUGUGAUUCUUCUUGACUGAUGAUAUAACACCACCUGGAAGCUUGAGGCUGCGUUACCACCUGAACAUACCUGAGUUUUCCCCCGCAUCAUGGAGACUCAAAAGAAUGAAGCUGCUCAGACCAAGGGAGUGGCGACUUCUGGGGAUAACCAGGACCAGGAGGCAGAGAAAGGAGCCAAGCACAAGACAGAUGAGGUAACAGAAGGGCCAGUGUCAGAGCGACACUCAUCUGGCCCUGGUAGACUGAAGAAAACUGCUAUGAAACUCUUUGGUGGCAAGAAGGGAAUCUGUACUCUGCCUAGUUUCUUUGGAGGGGGACGAAAUAAAGGUUCUGGAAAAAACAUCUCCAAGAAGGGUCUAAGAAAAAGCAAAACACAUGAUGGCCUGAGUGAAGUAGCCCAUGACGCUAAAGAUGUUGUCAGUGAAGAAACUGGCUACUCCCUACCUUUUCCUGGUUCACUCUGCCAAUUUCCCAGCUCCCAGAGUACCCAUGGGGCUUUGGAGAUAGGCUACAGGCAUAAAACAUCUGUGGCGGGAGCCACCAAAAAUGUUGGAGCUGACAAGAUAGCCCCUGCUCCAAAGCCAAAGAAAGGCCUGAAAGAUUUUUUUAACAGUAUCCGCCGUCACCGGAAGAGCAGGGUUGCUAGAGCUGAGCAAAGUGAGCCAUGGGCCAAGGCACCUGAGGGGGCCAGAGCUAGAUCUCAUGAGCAUGUGAGCUCAGUCCCUGUGCCUUGCUCUGAGGAGACCCUCCAAGCCCCUGCAAAGGAAAAUGCCAAACCCCAAGAUACUCCAGGGCCAAAAAUAUCUCCAGCACCAGAGCCUUCUUUACCAGCUACGGAGAAGAUAGCCUGUAAAAAUCUAGAAAAAUCCAUAGGAAUCUCUGCCUCAUCACUUGUACAGCCCAAGCUUGCCCCUGAAGCCAGUACCCUAGAGGAGUCCCACAGGCAAAUGGCAGAUAAGGUUGUGUUGGCAGAGCUAAAUCCACCCAAUGGCCCUAUGGGGGAUCAGCUGAGCCUCCUCUUUGGGGAUGUCACAUCCCUGAAAAGCUUUGACUCAUUGACAGGUUGUGGUGAUAUUAUAGCAGAACAGGACAUGGAUAGUAUGACAGACAGCAUGGCUUCUGGGGGUCAGAGGGCCAACAGAGAUGGGACCAAGCGAAGUUCUUGCCUGGUGACCUACCAAGGAGGUGGAGAAGAAAUGGCCUUGCCAGAUGAUGAUGAGGAAGAGGAAGAAGAGGAUGAGGAGGUAGAAUUAGAGGAGGAAGAAGAAGCCAAAGAAGAAGAAGAUGAUGACUUAGAAUAUCUUUGGGCAACUGCCCAGAUGUACCCAAGGCCCAAUCUUAAUCUAGACUACCAUUCCACCACAUCCCCAGGCCACCAUGGCUAUGUGCUCCUUGACUCAGUUCAGUCCUAUGCUGGUCUUGCCCCUGGAGAACUUUUGACUCCUCAGAGUGACCAGCAAGAGUCUGCCCCCAAUAGUGAUGAAGGUUACUAUGACUCCACCACACCUGGAUUUGAGGAUGAUUCGGGUGAGGCACUGGGGCUUGUCCACAGGGAUUGCUUACCCAGAGACAGCUAUAGUGGAGAUGCCCUAUAUGAGUUUUAUGAGCCAGAUGACAGUCUUGAGAACUCUCCACCUGAGGAUGACUGCCUUUAUGACCUCCAUGGUCAUAGCUCUGAGAUAUUUGAUCCCUUCUUGAACUUUGAGCCCUUUUCCUCUUCUCGGCCUCCUGGGGCAAUGGAAACAGAGGAAGAAAGGCUAGUGACUAUACAGAAACAGUUGCUGUACUGGGAACUUCGUAGGGAGCAGCUUGAGGCCUGGGAGACGUGUGCUCGAGAGGUGCACGCCAGGGAGCCCCACAACAGAAAGGCCUAUACCCAAGAGGCUCAUGCCAUAGAGGCAUGUGCUCGAGAGACUCAGACUUGGGAAUCUCAUUCCGGGGAGGCUGAAACCCAAGAAACCCAAGGCCCAGAGGGUCGUGCUAUAGAGGUUAAAGUCCAAGAAGCCCAGGCCUGGCAGGAGAAGCCUAUUUUGGAGUAUCAGAUGAGGCCCUUAGGCCCAUCAGUGAUGGGCCUGGUGGCAGGGACAUCAGAAGCCUCUCAGACUUCCCACCAAGGAAGCACUUCAGCUUUCCCUGCCACUGCGAGCAGUGAGCCAGACUGGAGGGACUUCCGUCCUCUGGAGAAGCGUUUCGAGGGAACCUGCUCCAAGAAAGAUCAAAGUACCUGUCUGAUGCAGCUUUUCCAGAACAGUGCCAUGUUCGACCCAGACACGCAAGAAGUCAAUUUUGGAGGCUCUCUCAGGAGGGCCUACCCUACUUAUUCACCCCCCGCGGAACCAGAAGAGGGGGGUGAAAAGGAAGGGAAUGUCGCUGUGAGUUUCUCACAGGCCCUAGUGGAGUUUACUAGCAAUGGAAACCUUUUUUCUAGCAUGUCUUGCAGCUCGGAUUCUGACUCCUCCUUCACUCAAAACCUCCCUGAGCUGCCCCCCAUGGUGACCUUUGACAUAGUUGAUGUGGAGCGAGAAGGGGAAGGGAAGUGUGAAGAGAAUCCUGAGUUUCACAAUAAUGAAGACCUUGCAGCCUCCUUGGAAGCUUUUGAGCUGGGCUGUUACCACAAACAUGCCUUCAACAACUACCACAGCCGAUUCUACCAAGGUCUAUCUUGGGGUGUAAGCAGCCUCCCUCGAUAUUUGGGGCUACCUGGCAUGCACCGUCGACCUCCACCUGCUGCCAUAGCUCUCAACAGGAGAAGCCGAUCUCUUGACACUGCAGAGACCCUGGAGCUGGAACUCUCUAAUUCUCACCUGGCCCAGGGCUGUCUGGACUCUGAGCUUCAGGCCCAGCAGGAAGAUUCAGACGAAGAAGAUGAAGGGGAGGAAGAAUGGGGCCGAGUCAGUUCUCUGUCGCUCUAUACUGAACCCCCAGGGGCUUACAGAUGGUCUACCUGGGCUCCCUGUCCUCUUCCAGUGAGGCCAUGCCCUGCCUGGAUAAACUCCAGCCAGUUGGGUGGGCCUUCCAGCCAGUCUCCGUAUGGGCAAGCAGCCUGUUGUGUACCUCCUGUAGCCAUGUCAGCAUCAGGGCCAGAGCCAGAGACAAUAGCACCUGGGGAAUCUAGGCCGCAGAUAGCCCGGCCUUCACACCUCCCCCUGCCCAUGGGCCCUUGCUAUGAUCUCCAGCCACAGGCCUCCCAGAGUGUGAGAACCAGGCCUCAAGAUGUGUUAGUGCCUGCUGAUGAGCCCAGUUGUUCCUCCAGUACUGGAAGAUUCAGCCCCAGCCCUUUGCACCAGGCUAAACCUGUGGGCAUCACUCACGGCAUCCCUCAGCUGCCUAGGGUCCAGUCUGAGUCCUCCCAGCCUCAGCCCAGUCACUACAGGGCUUCCAGCCUUGACCUGUCAAAGGAAAAGACUGAGCAAGGUGCCUCUCUUCCCACAAGCUACUCCUCCACUGCUAUGAAUGGAAACUUAGCCAAGUAGUCAUCAUCAGUUCUGGAGUAGGGGCAUGGGGCCUGAGCAUGUGAAUGGGGAUUAGGGGUUGGGCAGAGGGGUGGGGGUGGGUAUUGCUGUUUAACUUGAAAAUCCUUUUGUGGAGGAAAACUCCUCUGGGUUUUCACUUUUGUUUUCCCCUUUCCCACUUCUGCCAUCUAUGGCCACGUUCAGCUCAAGAACGUCUGCCCAGAAAGCCUACUGCUGCUGUGCUCCAGUUUUUGUUUUCAGGGUUUCUUCUUGUGACCAAUGCAGGAUUUGGGAUGCUAUAAUUUUGUGCCUAUUCAAGUUGCCAAGUUAGUGAUUAUAUAUAUCAUGCAUCCUAGACAAACUCUAAACCUUUACCGUCUUCUGUUCCCUCCCCCUAGUUAAUGAUGAACUGACGAGCAGCCAAGUCUGUAUGUACUGCUUUUCACUUGGGGAUGGGGGGCUGUUUGCUGUUAGCAAUGUGAAGUUAUGGUACAGAUCCUCCCCCUCACAUUCAGCCUUGGCAUAGCUGUCACUAUUACAUCAAAUGACUGUAAGCUAUUCAUGCCAGCUAGGUAUGCUUAAGAUCAAGUAGCAUGUGUCUAACUCCUUAUCGCUGUGGACUUUGGCAUCAUCACCAGAUGGGGCCUUUUAACUUGGCCUGCCAUAGUUUGGAUUGAAGACAAAAACACUAAUCCCCUUAAUGGAAUGAUUAAUUUUGUCCAGUUGCAAACAAAGGAUUAAAAAAAAGUUCUAUUGUGGACACUGCCAUAGUCAUGAGCUCUGGAAUGAUAGGAAUUUUUUUCUUUCUUCUCUUAACCCUGUGAUCGCUUGAGUUACAGACACUUGAAUUUUCACUUUGUCCUGUAAGAGAAGUUUUCAUAAUCUCACCGUAGUCUUUUCAUGGAAAUAAGGCAAGAAACACAACCUAUAUUAGACUUGGCUAUAGGGAGUGGGCUUUUUGUGGGAUACAGGGGCAGGGAAAAAGGAGGUCCAUUUGUCCCAGCUGGCAAGAGAGGAGAUUUCAUACUGUGGAGCUUGAGCCAGCCCAACUUCUUAUAAAGGAAAAUUGCUUCUCCCCAAAACCAAAAAGUUUCUUAAGCCUUGCUCACCUCUUAUUUUGGAUGUUAUAAAGAGAGACUAGGCUUGCACUCUUACCACAGGAUACCAAAGGCAACUCAGCUGCUAUUACCAGCACUCUGAAGAACUUUCAUCUUUCAACUAGUCAAGUCUUUAGCAUCACCAAAGGACCAGGCUUCUUGAGAGGAAAGACUGUGGUAUGCCCUCACUCUUAUCAAACUACAAGAUUCUGAUUCGUGUGGCAGUUUCAGUCCUUUAUGAAAUGAAUAGCACCCUCUCUUCUGCAUCCAUGAGUUUUCAUGUUGAACUAGGUUGGAAAUACUGGUGAUGAAGAGUUUGCUGUCAGGAAGACAUUGCAACAGUCUAAUCUUCUCAUGCCCAACUUCUCAUUAAUCCCCCUAAGGGAAAGAUGCUUUUAAAUUUCUUUAUUGGAAAUGGCAUGGACAUUUUGUGUUACCUGGAUGUGUUGACCUAAAUUAUCAUUCUUGCCUUGUCUGACCCUCCCUCCAGCCAUCUUUAUGCCUGUUAAGAGAAGUCAACAGAGCUCUUGCCAUUCCUGAGAUAUGGCAAUUUAAGCUUGGAACAGAUGCUGAUGGCUCACUGAAUCAAGGUGAUUUUGAAGGAAAGUGCUCCUUGGCAAGGGGCUGUAUUCAUCCAGGCUCUUUGUCAUGAUGCUCAGAUUUGGGCUGGUCUCAUAACCUUCCCUAAAAAAAGCAGACCUGCCUGGCAGGUGUUAUGUCCCUGGAAGUACCACACGAGUUUCUGUGAUGCCAGCAACACACCUCAAGGAACCCUGACCAGCUCUCCAGGCUAAUAUUUGCUAUACUGUGAAGAAAUGCAUCUGCCAUGGAGCAGAAAAAUGGAAGGAAUGUCCACCCCAUCUCAGCACAGCAUUCCAAGAGAGAAGUUACCAGAUUCCCACCAUUUAGCCUCUUACCAAAACUGCUGUGGAAGGGUAAGGCUGAAAUUGUCCUGGCUAUUUGGCCAGAAGGAAACACCAAAUGCCUUUACAACAGGAGAAAACCCACCUCACUCUGCAUUCAGGGCAACUUGAGCUCCUAUCUGAGUGUGGACUGUACCAGCCACACAGAUGGUAGCUAUCACCAGCCUCUAUAUCCUGCUGGAGAAGGCCGGUCACCAAAUCUGGGGAGAGGAAAAGGAAGUUUUCAGCCCUUGGCCAAGAGCAGAGGGCUACCCUCAGGAUCAAAAGGUCAGCAAGAUGCACUGACUCUGUAGAGAGCUGUUAUAACCUUAAUAUACUUUGCUGGGCUUUGGAAGCUUACACACCAGCGUAGGACCUGGGGUUAAUUAGCAAUUCAUGGUUUGGACAUCAUCACUGCCUCCAAGCUCCUUCACUUCUCUGGCUAGCCCAGGGACAGGGUCCUUAUUACCAAAAGUGGGGCAGUUGGGUUUCAUGGCUAAAGAAGCAUGCCCCUUUGAGUCUCUAGAGCUUAGAAACUUAUGACUAAAUGCCAGCUGCAUUUUUGAAGAGAAAUACUUGGCUGGGAAUAUCUGGUGAUGGCAGCACAGAUUGGCAGUGGGAGAACCAACCAAAUUCUAGUCCUAUGUUAGUGUUUGAUAGCUCCGAUCAAGAGAAUUCCCACGUAAGACCAGUCCUUCAGGGACCAGCGAAUGUUGAUAGAGAAGUCUACCCAGCAGCCCUCUCCCAAGGCCAGGAUAAUAGCUUCUUGGUGCUUUAGAGUCUCCAAGGAAGCCUUUCCUGCUCAACUGGCUUUAGCCCGGGUACUGGGACACAAGUUUCCCAGGAUAAAGACUUAAGUAAACAGUCUCUCCCUCAAGGAGGAAAGUAGCUUUCUACACUAAGAAGGUUGGGUGUGUGCCCUCGUCCUACUGCCAGUGGCUUUCCCAUCUGUGCUGCCAUCCUACCUGCCCUUGACCCCCAGGCCCCAUUGCUAGAGGGAGACAUAAGGAGUUUAGCAGGAAGACUUCAAGUUUACCCAUGUGUAUGUUGCAUCCAAGUUGAUACAUAUACAUAUAUAUAUAUAUGUAUAUGUAUCAAAAGUCAAUUAUCUAUUUUUGUAUUGUUUGCAUUUUAUAUUCAUGGAAAACAAUGUUUACCAAUUGUUCUUUUCUGAUAUAUUUUAUUUUUAAAAGGUGCUGUUUAUAGUUUUAAACAAAAGAUGACUACAAAAAUCACUGCUGCUUCUGCAGAGGGCUGGGCUUUCAACUAUCUAGGGCCCACUUUCUCGUUUCCCGCUUCCCACUCCUGCCAUAAUGCGCUGUUUGUUCCCUCCCCAGCAUGAUAGGAACAGCAGAUGUCCAAGUACUGAAGACAAAUGCUAGGUACCUAAGGUAUGCAUAAUCAGGUAGACAGUGUGUUGUUUUAUGGCUUUAUGUUUUUCCCUUGUAUCCUUCAUUUUGUGUACACCUUCUCAAAGUGCUCAUCUCUCUUUUUUUUAUAUUUCAUGCUUCCGUUUUGAAACCGGUGUUUCCUUCUUGUACUAUUUGUCAUAUUGAACUUUUCCAAAGGAGCAUUUUGGAAACAUUCUCCAUCCAGGAAGGAGGGCAUAGCUUUUAAGCCACAUCCCUUUCCUCAAGAUGCUGGGAGAGACAAAUGGCAAUGAUGCUCCAACCAUCAGGAAUUAAUUAUCUCAUUAAGGAAAUCCUUGGAUGAGACUUUCCUGGAGCUCAGAUUGUAGAUUGUGACACCAAGAAGAGACUUUGAGGAACUCUUUGAUCCUUCUUGCUGCUUUGGGGGACUUUCUUCCUACCACUGUUCCCCCUUCCCUACCCUGCUCCAGCUCAUAUGUGGAUGAUACUUUGGGAAACAGUGAUUUUCCAGGUAAUGGCUUAUUGGCCUGAUCCUCCAUUUUUCCAUCCUAUAGUCAUUCAAAAGAAGAAAGCUCAUAUUGAUGUAUAUGUGUGUGUUAAACCUAUUAAGAGAUUGGGCUUUGAUUAUUAUUGUUGUUGCUACUGGUGCUUAUUUCCACUGCUGGUAUAUAGGAGUGGGGCGGGAGAAGAAAACAGGAGUGUAUAUUUAGGUCAUGUUAAAUAAAAUGUCUUGGGGAACAAGGGAAGAAAUUAGGAACUACAGUACAUCCUCACCAUAGAUGUAAGACUUCUAUCCCAGUGUAGAGGGGCGUAUGGUCCCUUGCCGUGUCUGAAAUUUCCCUGAGGUAUCACAGAAUAACUUGGAUUUUGACCUCUCUACUCCUAGCUCUCAAUGACAUCUCUAUAUCUUGAUGCACUGCCUGUAUGUUACAACAUAUAUUUCUUUUGCUGAAUACUAAUAAAUUUGGGUACAGGAGGGACCCCACCUGCACAUCA